AUUAGAAUUGUGAGAUAUUUAAUGUUGAUAGUUUGUGUUUUAGUUAGAGUGGCAUUUGUAACUCUCUUGGAGCGUAAGAUUUUAGGUUAUAUUCAAAUUCGUAAGGGUCCUAAUAAAUUGGGCAUUCUGGGGUUACUUCAGCCUUUUUCGGAUGCUAUUAAAUUGUUUGUAAAAGAGCAGAAUUCACCGGUAAUAUCUAAUUUUUUACCUUAUUAUUUGUCGCCGGUAUUCAGUUUAUUUAUUGCUUUAAUUUUGUGAGGGGUUAUUCCCUAUGAUUUAGGAUUAGUGGAUUUUGAUAUAGGAAUGUUAUUUUUUUUAUGUUGUUUGAGAUUAAGGGUCUAUCCUUUGUUAAGGGCCGGAUGGGCUUCAAAUUGUAAAUAUUCUUUAUUAGGGAGUCUUCGUGCUGUAGCACAGACUAUUUCAUAUGAGGUAAGGUUAGCUUUAAUUUUGUUAUCCUAUGUGUUUUUAGUUGGAAGAUUUAGGUUCAUAGAAUUGAGAUAUUAUCAGGAAAGAAUGUGGUUUGUUUGAUUAACAUUUCCAUUAUCUAUAGUUUGGCUUGGUUCUUGUUUGGCAGAGAUAAAUCGCACUCCUUUUGAUUUUGCAGAAGGGGAGUCUGAGUUGGUUUCUGGGUUUAAUACUGAGUAUAGGAGAGGAGGGUUUGUAUUAAUUUUUAUAGCUGAAUAUGUUAGAAUUUUGUUUAUGAGUGGAGUGUCAACAUUGUUGUUUUUAGGAGGGAGAGUUUUAAGGUUAGGAUUUUAUAUAAAAUUGGUGAUGGUAGGGUUUACGUUUAUUUGAGUGCGGGGGACUUUACCGCGACUGCGAUACGAUAAAUUGAUGUAUAUGGCUUGAAAAAGGUUUCUUCCUAUAUCUUUAAAUUUUUUAAUUUUUUUCCUUAGGCUAAAAUUAAUUUUAGUGUAA